CUUUCACUCCCUUCAGUAAUAACACAAUUACUUCCUUGUAGUCUGACUGCACAGCUCCAUUCGUGUCGACUGUCCAGAGUCCACGAAUGCACAGUUGCUAACUACUGAUCAUUUGAACUACACAACGUCACAGAAGACCAUCUAGCCUGAUAGCAACAUUCCAGAAGCAUCUCCCAUCUCUGUUUAGACAUGUCGCGUUACAGUUUUGGUCUAGAACCACUUUCUUGCCACACCUGGAACAAAGACAGGACACAAAUUGCAGUGAGCCCCAACAAUAAUGUGGUGAAUAUUUAUGAAAAGAAAGGAAAAGACUGGAUGAAGAUCCAUGAGCUUACUGAGCAUAGUGGACGCAUCACAGGCAUUGACUGGGCCCCCAAGUCCAAUCGCAUUGUCACCUGUGCCUCUGACCGCAACGCCUAUGUGUGGACUCUAAAGGAUGGCUCAUGGAAGCCUACUCUGGUCCUUGUGCGAAUCAACCGUGCAGCCACAUGUGUAAAAUGGUCUCCUUUGGAAAACAAGUUUGCCCUUGGCAGUGGAGCUCGACUCAUCUCUGUCUGUUAUUUUGAGAAAGAAAAUGACUGGUGGCUGAGUAAACACAUCAAAAAGCCUGUUCGCUCCACUGUUCUGAGCCUUGAUUGGCAUCCUAAUAACAUUCUUCUGGCAGCCGGGUCUGCUGACCUUCACUGCAGGGCAACACAGCUGACUAUUGACAGUCUUCCACUGUUGAGCGUUCUAUUUGUCAGCCCCACUGAGAUUGUUGCUGCGGGGCAUGACUGUUGUCCAUACCAGUUCAGCUACACCGGACCAGGCUCUCUGAGAUUUGUUAAAAAGCUGGACAUACCCAAGCAGUCAUCUAAGAGUGGCAUUUCAGCCAUGCAGCACUUCCGUAACCUGGAUAAGCGGGCAACAGAGGAUGACAGCAAUGAAUUGGACACCCUUCACCAAAACAGCAUUAUGCAAUUAUGUGCUGUUAAGGGUACAACUAAAGUGGAGAAGUACAGUAGCGUGGGGCUGGAUGGAGCCAUGGUCAUGUGGGAUUUUAAGCACUGAGGCAAGGCAGGCAAGUGGUUGUGUGUCUGGUUCCAUGAAUCAAUACUUAGAAGGCACCUCCGCCGUUGACUGCAACUGCAAAUAAAAAGAAUGACAUUGAUAUCAUCAAUUUGGAUUAUUGCAAAAUGCUGACAGAGUCAUCUGAAUCAUCAUCUAUAUCAAUAAAAUCUAGACAGAAAAAAAUGGAUGUAACGUUUUCAUCAUGUCGUAUGUAAUUUCAGUUACUACAGUAUGGUCUCUAAAGGUACAAUAUGUAAGACUUGCAUUUAAUCAAUUGAAGUGAAUCUUCUUCUUUUCAUUUAGACUUUUUCCUUCAGGGGUCGCCACAGCGAGAUUGCAAUUAUUCAAUAAAUGGCCCUAAUAUUUCAAUAGACAUGAAAGAAAUGUUUUUUAAAAUUGUUCUAACAUGGUAUUUUAAAAUACCAUUUACGACCCAAAAAGUUGUUGUUUUGAUUCUGUGUUUACAUCUGAUCAGAUCAGUUCUUUGUCUUCGUCCAGGUUGGCACAGCUCUACAGUAUUAGCUACGUACUAAAAUAGGGUUGCUACCAACUUUACUGUCAGAAUUAACAAUGCUGUGUACCAGUUAGGGAUGGGAAUCGAAAUCCGAUUCCAAUUCGGAACCGGUUCCGAGUGUUUCGAGGCCUCGACAUCACAAUGAAAAAGCCUUAACGAUCCCUUUAACGAUUCCUAAAGACGCGUAUUGCGUCGUGACGUGUGUUGUUGUCUAGACGCAUCAAACUAGCAUGGCGCCAAGAACCACUCGCUCCAAAGUUUGACUACACUUCACCAGGAAAGAGUGUGAAAAUGAAGGGUUACGACGGGUAAGCACGAGCAUUGCAGCCAUAAACAUAACAAUGACAGCACGUAGGUUCAACUGCUCGAAAGUGUCUUCACUUCACAAGGAAAAAUUACAACAAAGCGACUUGCAGUCAUUGCAAGGUGGAGAUAACUGCAUCGGGAGGGAAUACGACUGCGCUGUCCUCACAGAGAGGCUAAGGCUCAGUCCUGGCUAUACAGCUAGCUUAACUCCCAAAUGACGAUGCAGAAGACGUUGGUAUAAUUUGCUGACUUUAUUCAACCAUCACUUCGAGAGUGAAACUAAGAAUAGAAAUGAAACAAAUCAAUUUCGUCCCCAAUAACAAACAGGUUUGCAUCAACGUAAAUCAGCGAUGAUUAGCUGCUAAUAACAGUAAUAACAAAUGGGUAGCAUUCGUUCGCUAGCAUUAGCACAUCGUUCAAACCACUACACAACUGGAUUUAAGUGUCCGAUCGCGAGUGGAAACACAACAACAACAACACAAAAGAUGAUACAUACAGGCGUUGCCUCUGUAGAUAUUAACAUUAACAAAGAACCUAGGCUCGUAGAAGUGUUUCCCUCUCUCACUAACUCGCUCACUCACUUGGAUGCGGCAUUUCUUCUUCGGGUGUAAGCGCGCUCCUCUUCACGUGAGCGCGUUCUUGUUCGCGUGAGGAAGCGCAAGGGCGCCCCCACUUGAGUGUGUAAGCGCCACAAAAACCAAAAGUCAUGCAUUUCAAUGUAAUGGUAAAUAAUACACGUUAACCCAGGAGUCCCCAAACUGCGGCCCGCGGCCCAAAUACGGCCCGCCUCCACAUUUGGUCCGGCCAUUUUGAAUUUUUUUUUUUUUUUCAAUCGUGUUAUUUAUUUCCUGGCCUUUUCCUUGAAGAAUUCAGAGAGGGUUUUUGGUUAUUAUCUAUUUAAUUAAUAGUGUUUUUAUUAUUUAUUAUUAUUAUUAUUAUUAUUAUAUUAUAUUAUUAUUUUUAUUUUAUUUACUUUCAUUCCGUGAAGAAUCCAGAAAGGGUUAUUUGAUUGUGGCUUUCUGAAAAACAAUAAUUUUUUACAUUUAUGCACUUCUGCAAUCGUCACACUUUUUCUGUUACAAACUGACCCCGGCCCCUCAUCAGAGAAGGGAAAAGUUUUGUGGCCCUCACAGGAAAAAGUUUGGGGACCCCUGCUUCAACACAUAUUGCCAAAGGCAGAACAACAACCUAUCUGGCAAUAUAUACCAAUAUUUUUUAUUUCUAUUAGAUAAAUGUUUCAGUAAAAUGUUAAACAUUCUUGUGUAUUUGCCACUUAUUGCCACAGUUAACAUUGAGGCUUUGGGCCUCUUUUGAUCUCGUUGUGAGUUUGUAAGGUUGUGACUUCUGAUUAAACAAACUCGAUGCCAAUCAAAACGUUUGUUCUUCUUUUCCCCCAAAUUAGAAUCGAUAAGAGAAUCGAUAAAGAAUCGAAUCGUUAAGCAAUAUCAAUAAUGGAAUCGGAAUCGUAAAAAUCCUAUCAAUUCCCAUCCCUAG